CCAGGCAGUGACGUUGUGGGCCUGCAGGGAGAAAUACAGGGCAUUGCACUCGAAGCCUGACAGCUCACCAGGCCGCAGUCCCACAGUGGCUCUCACCUGUUCAUUCCCGGGAUGUUUCCCCAGAAGUAUCGAGCUCUGUGGGUGGCCGAGAUGUCCUUGGCAUCCACCACCACCGGAUUACACUAGAAAAACAUAUGUGCCCAUGCUUCUUACCAAGAAAUAGAGGAACCUCGAGAUGGUCUGCUUGUCGUUGGCUCUCAUGGACACUACGUUCUCAUAGAGCCAGAAGAGAGGCCUGUCGCUGUACAGCCUCACAUAGGACAGGAUGCGGAAGAAUUCAAAGAACAGUCUCCCGGUACCCUCUGCGCAGUGGAGGACAAUGGUUACAGUGGCCAUACUGGUUCCAAAGGCUAUGAAAAGCACUUGAAAGUGCAUAACCCUCGCCACUUUAUUCUUUAUUUCAGCAGCCAAUGGCUACUAGUUACACUACCUCAGUCUUUUGCACAUGCGUGUUCAAUACUAGUUACUACUACAGC